GCGGCAGCCGCGGAUGGUCCAAAUCCCAUGCCUCCCUUGGUUUCCCCUGCGUAAUCUUUUGGAGAUCCUGAGAGAAGGCAUCAGACGCGCGCCUCGCUGGUGCCCUCCAUACCGUCGCCGCCGACGGCAGGGAGGUGCGCGCAGAAGCCAAUUCCCCUGGCUUUGAUGGGUUUGAGGCUCUCAACACUGGGCCUCCGACCGUGCUUCUAAUCGGCCCAUGAUCUGCUUUCUACUAGUUCUUUCUACUACAGUCGUAGUUCCCUUGUCUCAAAAAAAAGAAGAGAGUCGUAGUUCGUCUCGGACUCGCUGCGGCUUCUCCAUCCCUAUUCCCGAAACCCUCUCUGGCCGGCAGCGCGACAACCUCCCUUUCUUCUUUGGGGGCUCUCUCCGUGCAGGCGAGGCGCCGAGGACAGGGGCUAGCGGUCCCCGGGCUCCUAGUUAUUCCCCGGUUCGCCGGCCAUGGCGUCUGCAGUGGAGGCCGCCGGAGACGCCUCCACCUCCGCGGCCGAGGUGCGGGAGAAGCCCGUCGUCGUCCGGGUCAAGCGCAAGCCCUCGCAGGCCCGCCCCGACGCUUUCUGGCUGGAGAUCAAUGAGAGGCCCAUGAAGAAGGCCAUGCUCGAUUUCUCGAGCCUCUCCAUCUCCCAACCCUCCUCCAGUGCCCAAGCUUCAGAGGAACCACGGGUGAAGAAGCUUCUUGUCCAGCAUGUCGAGACAGUCCAUCAUUCUGGGGCUGUUGAAGACGUUCUUCACUCCCUUUUGCAUUCUGACCUGAGCACCAAAGAGAUAAAGAGCAAGACAAAGGAGAGGAAUGAAAGAAUGAAGCAAGACAAAAAACAAGACCAGCUACGUUCAGCAGCCAGACAGAGACAUGAGAAUCUUGGAAGAAAUGCCCGCUUUGCACAAAUAUGGAAGAGGCGGAAAGGAGACAAUAAUGAGGUUGAUGAAACACUGAGAGAAAUGUGUCAUCUUUAUGAUGCUGUCCAAGUAGAUUCUGAUGGAGAGAAGCAUCCAGCAGAACCACAGAUGACCUCUGUCGAAGAGGGUGCGAUUUUAUGCAACUUUCUUCCGCUUCUACGGGAACACUUGCCGUCGGCUGCUGAAGAAAUCGAAUCUGAUAUUGUUUCGCUAGCACAGUCAGAAGAUUCAGAUGUUUAUGACAUAUAUACUGUCAAGGAGGUGGAUGAUACAAACAUGGAGGAGGGCGCAUCUGCAGCUUCAUACCCACUGUUACAAGUGGACGAUGAGGAUGGCGAAUGUUACGAUGAUGAUGAGUAUCCAUAUGACACGGAUGACUCAAAUGCCGAAGACAACCCACUCUAUGAUUAUCCUGAAGAACUUUCAGAGGAUGAGGAUGAUGAUAGCAGUGACGAGAAUCCAUUUGCGGAUAUAGAUGGCUCUGGUUCCGAGUACGAGAAUGAAGAGGUGGAAAAAUCCGAUGAGGAGUAGUAGCGGCGGCAGCAAAAUAAUGUUUUAGCUGGGUGUAAUCUUUGACGAUGAAAUAGGAUGAGACAACCUCUUGCGUUCGUAACUCAAGAGGAAAUUCAUCGCUAGCCCCACUGUCACCGAAACAUUGUAUUGGCGUUAUGAGGAAAGACCGUUGAUCUGGUGGA